AUGCUCGAGAGCGACGACUUGGGCGGCGAUGGUUUCGACUGGGAUCAACAGCGCAUCGACAGGAUGAUGGACAGACUGCGCCAGCUCUUCGCCCUCUUCAAACGGACACUGCCCGAGCCUCGAUACGACCUCUGGAUCGGGCUGUACAAGAAGUUCUUCGUCGGCACCGUCACCGUCAAGGAGUUUGCCGACCAAACUGGCGACAUUCUACAAGGAGCCCUUCAAGCCGAGAACGGCGAGGUGCGGGCGGCGCUCUGGGAAAUCGCAAGGACGAAUCUGAGGUGGAAGCGGCGACAACGCGACUACGACUCGAAUGGACAGCCAAUUCCGCUCCGCUCGAUCGUCACCUUCGGGGAUCGCCGUGCUCUGCUGGCCAUCAGAUGCGCUGAGAGGGGGGCGUCGUUCGAGAGGGAACUCGUUGAUGUGCUCGUCGAGGCCGGCAAUGACUAUAUUCAGGAACUCGUGCUGUCGAGCUGCCCACAAGCCGAUGGUAUCGAUGGCUUCAUCGAGACGGCCGGGGCCAAGGGGCCAUUCGGGAUCCCGGAUCUGCAUCAUCUACUGCGCAAAAGAAGCACAGAUCCGGAGCUGCCAGAGGAGAUGCGAGAAUUGGCCGCCAGGCAGCUGGCCACCACCAUCGAAAAGACGACUGAAGCACAGAGAACGGCUCGAGCGCCACGUUGGGAUGUUGACGCGGAUGAGGAGGAUGACGAUCUCUACGCCGACGCCUUCGAUUUGGACGAGUUUGAAGCGGACGUGCUUGGGCAGCCCAUGAAGGCGUACGAAGAGGUGGAUUCUGAUGAGGAGGAGGGGGAGCAAGAGAUGGAGGACGGGACGCUGGCCGGCGUCGAGCAGCUCUCCCAGCGUGUAGAUGAUCACGACUUGACGCUCGACCUCUUGGAGGAGUCUGAAAGUGAAGAGGAGGAUGAGCCCGAGGAGAAGGAGCACAACAACAAGGAGCCUCCGACGAGACCGAAGAAUGACGGAGCGCGAGCCGGGGAGGAGGAGCUGGACAAGAAAAAGCCUCCGACUAGCCCGGAAAAAGACGAGGAGCACGAGCCGCCUAUCAAAACCCUCCCGGCUCUGGUGGACUAUGACGAGGAGGAGGAGGAGCAGCUUUUGGAGCACGACAUCCCGCCGUCGCCCGUCGAGAAGGAGACGCUCCGCGGAAAUGAAGCCAAAUCGGGAGCUGAAGCUGAACACCCGCAUUUUGACGGCCGUGGCGAUCACAACGAGGAGAUGGCCGGAAAUCGGGAAACUGACGAUUGGGAAGAUGAUCUCGACAUGACGGCGACGAUGGGCCAAUUUGACGACGCGCUCGACGAGCAGCACCAGGAGUUGAACAACACGCUCGACGAGGCCAAGUCGAACGCGUCGGCAUCGACGACCGAUCGCGGCGACCACGACGACGACGUCGUCAAGACGUCCAAAGAUAAUGGCGACGGCGAGUGGCUGGCGGACUGGCGGAAAACGGUCAACUUGACGGGGUCGGCUGGAGACGACCAAGCUGAAGCUGCUCAACCGGGCGGACGAGGCGACGGAGACGCUCUAGCCGCCGCCUUCGGCGACGACAUCUCGUUCUCGGACCAGCCCGGGCCGUCGAAGAGGUUCAACGACCUGCUCCAGUCGAUGCCCAACGACGUCGUCCUGCCGCCCAAUUCUGAUGAUGAACACGACGAAGACGUGCCACCGCCCACACCGGUGCCCGUCCCCCGUCCGACGGCCACAAAAACACGCUCACAGUCGGUGGCCGAGAAGGCGCCGCCGAAGAAACCCGUUGUCGACGCCGACGACGACGACAAGGUCAGCCCGGCGAAGCGAAAGCGGACCAGCUCGCACUAUGACGACGAUCCGCCCUACAACCCAAGGAGGGGUCCGGCCAAGAGCAAGAAGCCGGCAAAGCCCAAGAAGCCAACGGCGGCGUCACGAUCGAAAAGCAAGGGCCGACGCGUAGAUGAUCAGCUCGACGAUGGGAACGAGUCCGACAUCGACAACUUGCCGGAAAACGACGACUUCUCGGACCCCGACAAACCGGGCCCAUCAAAGCCAAAGAGGAAGAGCCCGCCGAAAAGGGAGAAGAAGAUGGCCAACAACAUCAAGGAGGACAAGGGCCGCGGCGAGGAGGACGAGGUCGACACGAAGAGCAACAACAAGAAGAAGCCGGCCAGCAGCAAGAAGAAGCCGAAGGAAGCGGAAGAAGAAGGAUGGUCGUCAGAUGAUGGAUCAUCCACGAUCGACCCUGACCACAUCCCCACCCCCAAACACGCCUCCGCCGCCAAGAAGCACGAAUUCAAGCUCGCCAUGAAGCAGCUGUUGAAGGAGAAACACAAUCUGCCCACUCUGGCUAGGUUGCGCAACGAGCUGAGAAAUCGCGUGUGGCAGGAGGAGGAGGAUGAGGAGGAGGAGCAGGAGGAAGACGAGCACGAGGAAGAAGAAGCCAUCGAAUCGCGGAGCACUGAUGCGACGCAAACGUUGACGGCAAUCGCGGAGAUGCAGCGGACGGCGGCCCCGAAUCAAGACACGAGUGAUAUCCCCCUGGCCACGACAUCAGCCCAGAUCAACAGCAUCCAUCGUGUACUCAACAUUCCGCAUCUCAUGGAGCAGAUCGUGUCCAACGUCGUCGAUUUGAAGAGCCGCGCGGCGCUGGACCACGUGAGCCGACAGUUCCACCAUCUCUCCCGGAAGACCCCGUUCGCAUUCCCGCUAUACCCGGAGACAUUGCGCCUCACUUUUCGGCACUGGUUCAGCGCGGCGUUGACGGUGGGCAUCGGGACGAUUGAGGUGACGUCACGUGUCGAUGCCCUCACCCAGAAUUCCCGAGGCGAUCACCCUGUUGGCCAGCAGCCCCCCGAAAUAAUGACGCUGAUCGACCGUAUCGUGUCUCGCGUGGGCCCGCAGCACAUCCACCGCCUGCAGAUUGGCGUCAUCUCGAGGAGGGACAGCGCCCGCGGCGUGCUCACGCGGGCCAUUUGGUACUCUCUCUUAUUGGCUCUCGAUUUUUGCAUUGCUUUUUUCCCGGGUAGGUUUCCGCUGCUCUGCACGGCGGGCCUGCUGCAGUACAUCGACGAGCGUCUGCCCGCCGUCACGGCCAUCGACUUUGCCAACUGCGUCUUCGACCACGGCGCCAGCCAGUACUUGCUCUCGCCGGCGUGCAAAUUCCCGCAUCGCCUGGCCGACCUGAGCUUCAACCGGUGCUCCUUCGACCAGACGACGCCCAACAUUGUCGAGCUGGCCAUGAGGAAGCUGAUCACCCGCCGGCUGCGCACGUUCUCGAUCAACAUGUUCAGCCUGACGUCACAGGGCGAGGGAUUUCUUGUGGCCCUGGAGACGCUCUACCAUCGUCUCGACACCCUCGACGUCUUCAUCGACGAGCAGGCAUUCAGCACCGACGUGACGGCGGCCGACGGCUGGGUGUUCCUGAAGCGAUGCGCCGAACGGGCAAAGGAUCUCCGUCUACAUUUCCGGAAGGGCGACCCUCGCCACAGCCCCAAGCUGUUCGCCGUCGCCCGCGACUGCUUCCAGUUCAGCAAGCUGUCCGAACUCGACAUUGGCCUGCCGGUGCAAAGCCAAGAAGAACUUGACAAUCUCGAGGCACUCGUCAAAGGCCUCUACUGGAUGCGGCUGAAAUCGUUCGACUUUGGCGGCUUUUCCUAUCGACUCGCCGGGCCAAAGUGCAAGACCAUUCUCAAGGCCCUAGCCGUCAACCUGCACCAGCAGAACACCCUCGAGAAGUUCAGCAUCUCGUCGAUAGCCCGCGAAUACGAACAG